AUGAACAGUGAUGAUCAAUUUGUACGUUGCAUGACAGAAAUUUACAAGAAACAAAAUCUGAAUAUUUACAUGAACAAACAACAAAAUACAACAAUGAAUCAUCAUGCAUGUCCCAAUACCCAAUCACCAUUAAAUCGACAACAAGUAACACGACAACUACUACAGCUAAUGGAUCAUCCAAUUACAUUCGAUCAUAUUCAAGAAAUACAUCACCACCAGAACCAGAUAUCAAAGACAUCUAUAAUUGAGCGGGCUACACGUUCUAGUCCAUCAUCAACAAACCAACUAGUUUCAUCAACACCACGGCGACCAUUAGGAGAGAGUGAAUCAGAAAAUCAAUCUCAACGACAAAUAAAAAUACCAAGGCCUCAUGCAAUUACACCAUCUGCUCCUCCACAAAUAUCAACAACAGUUAAACCAUUUCAUCUACCAACAGCACAUCUUAAAGGAGCAGUAUCGAAUAAUUUACCGUUCCAACAACAAUUAUCUGAAUCAAUAGGAGACCUUUCUAUACUAAUACCUGUUGGUACGAAUCGAUAUAAAUUUGGUGUAACAUCAAAAAAUGAUUUCUUAUUACUUUGGAAUUGUAAGUGGCCAAAUGAAAUGGACAACAUUGAUGUUGAAAUACAACAACCUCGUUCUCUACCUGAUUGUUGCACACUAUUAGUGUGCUAUGCACCAGCUGAUCUAUCCAAUGAAUUCGUUUAUCGAGAAAUUACUAAAUCAAUUAGCUCAGCAGGUUCCUACUCAAAAAUCAACUACCAUCGACCCCGAUCAACAAAUGAUUAUAGAUUUUGUAUAGCCGAUGCAAAUAAAUACGAAGAAAUUUUAAAGAUCGCUAGUGUAACAAUCGAAUAUUUACUUCUUCAAAUAACUGCAUUUCGUCCUGGUUUAAAAUUGACUUACUGCUCAAACUAUUGGAUGAUUGGUCAUACUAAACCUGAAUGUAAAAUGAACCCUCGAUGUCGUAAAUGCUUAGAUAAUUGGGAACUUACUCAUCACUGCCAAAAGCCAAUAUUAUGUGCUCAAUGUGAAAGUCCACAUCUAUCAACAAGUAUCGAAUAUCCAGCGGUUUACAAUUAUCGCAUAACAUUAAAAGAUCAAGUUAAAAGAGCCAUUAAUGAUGGAUUAAUAAGUCAACCCAGUAUCAACCAAAAAAGAGAAGCUACUCGUUAUGUUGAAGAUGGGAAAUAUGAAACCAAACAAACAAAUGGAACUAACCAAGUAUGUGAAUGCUAA